AUGGCAGAGGAAGCUGAGUACGCGAUGGCUAGAACAUCUGUUUGGUGGGACAUUGAGAACUGUCCGGUUCCUAAGGGUUGGGAUGCUCAUGGGAUCGCUCAAAAUAUAAGCUCGGCGCUAAUGAAGAUGAACUACUCUGGUCCUCUCUCCAUUUCUUCCUAUGGAAACACUAACCUCAUCCCUAAUUUUGUUCAGCAAGCUCUCUCUUCCACUGGAAUCGCUCUUAAUCACGUCCCCUCUGGUUUGAUCUCUUGA